UUAACUAUUUUCUUUGUCAGUCGUUUGCUAUAAAUAGGUGGAGAAGGAUAGACCUCCGCACUCAAAAGAAAAAUCAAGGUAAUUAAUCGCGAUCGAGAAGCAUCCAUAAUGGCUGUUAACAAAGUUAGUUUCCUUGCUCACCUACUAAUUGUUCUUGGGAUUUUUCUACUUGUAAGCACGGUGGAACAUGCUGAUGCCAAGGCUUGUACAAAAGAAUGUGGUAAUCUUGGCUUUGGGAUAUGCCCACGUUCAGAAGGGAGUCCAAAGAAUCCCAUAUGCACCAACUGUUGUGCAGGCUACAAGGGUUGCAAUUAUUACAGUGCUGACGGAACUUUUAUUUGUGAAGGAGAGUCUGACCCCAAAAAUCCAAAAGCUUGUACCCUCAAUUGUGAUCCACGAAUUGCUUAUUCAAAAUGUCCUCGCUCAGGUGGAAAGACGAUAAUUUAUCCCACCGGAUGCACCACUUGUUGCACGGGUUACAAGGGUUGCUACUAUUUCGGUAAAAACGGCAGAUUUGUCUGUGAAGGAGAGAGUAUUAGACUCGAGGAAACUGCUUAUUUCUAAUCAAAGAUCUGUUGAAAUCUAUUAUAAUAGAUGUAUGGAAUAAAAGCAUGCAUGAUAUAUGCUAUGCUAAGCUCUGUAAUGUGGAUAUUUUGUGGUUGUUUUCCACGAAGGUGUCCAAGAGUUUAAUGAAGCAGUAGUUUCUUUUA